AUGGAUGUUCCCGCGGUUCUCUUUAUGACCGUGGGAGAAGGAGAGACCAGCUAUGCCAGGAACUCUUCCGUUCAGGUUCCUACGCGAAGAAGGGAUAAUCCUUCCAUCGGCUUAUUUUCGGGUUUCACCGAUUCAUUCCAACAUGUUCUCUUCUUCUGUUUUUCUGCAGAAAAGUGUAGUAGAAGAUGCGUGGUCUAUAACAGAAAAGGCGGUCCUCGAGCUAGUCUCCGCAGUCAACAACGAUCGGCUCAGUAUAGCCGACCUAGGUUGCUCUUCCGGGCAGAACACCUUCGUCGUAUUGGCGAAAAUCGUGGACACCGUUGACGAGCAAUACCGACGGCUUGACCGACCUCCGCCCGAGUUCCAGCUGUUUUUAAAUGACCUCCCAGGGAAUGACUGGAACUACACCCUCCGCUCCCUCGAUACAUUUUAUAAGUUGUGCAAUCAUAAGGAUGCAGGGCACUGCUCCGUGGCAGGAGUUGCUGGUUCCUUCUAUGGGAGGCUCUUUCCCACCAGGAGCAUGAACUUCUUUCACUCUGCUUCGAGCCUCCAUUGGCUAUCUCAGGUUUGUUUGGACAUUUUUCUAUUCGGAUGAAACGCCAUAAUGUCAAUAGUCAUGAUAACAAUAAACCAGUUAAAGUCUUGUGAUAGUUAACUUCAGGAUUUUCAGUUUCACUAGAUCUAUUACGCUAAAUAUUCAAUAGUUUCCACCUUUGUUUUAUCCAAAGUUAUCCUGUUAAAGAACAUUUUCAGUCUUGCUCGAGAUUCUCUUUUAAUGCAUAUCCAUUAUCUAGACUUUACCUAAUUUUUUUCAUUCUUCGUGCAUGUUUAGGAUCCAUUCAAGGCCAUAAAUCCCAAUAAGAAGCCCCUUUUAAACCAGGGGAGCAUCAAUAUAUCUAAAGAAAGUCCUCCUCAUGUGCUGGAUGCAUACGCCAGGCAGUUCAAACAUGACUUCUCAAAUUUCCUAAGGUUGAGAUCCAUAGAAAUGGUUGCUGGAGGGCGCAUGGUGUUGACUUUCCCCAGCAGGAUGGGUUUGGACAAUUUUAAUUCUGGAGCUAUUCGUCUUUGGAACCUUGUGUCAUCAGUGCUCAUGGAGAUGGUCCAAGAGGUUCACAAUUUACUCAUAACUUCAGAAUUGCAUUUCGUUAUUUUUUAGCUGUCAAAACAUGCUGAGAUCUAUUCCUCUAUCAAGGAAGAGAGAGAAAUAGCUGAAAUAUUUUCUUUGAUCUUGAUUCACUAAGCUCUCGAUGUCAAAAAACAAACAUGUACUUCUUGCUUUUGAGCUUUUGUAAAGGAAUAGGUUGUGUCAUUAUGGUAGUUUUGUAAAAAAUAAUGAAAAAUGAUACUGUCAUAACGAUUACCAGAAGAUUUUAUUUCUUUUGACAUUCUUUGAUGCAUAGGGUUUAGUGGAGGAAGACAAGGUCGAUUCCUUUAAUUUGCCAUGCUACUCACCUUCCCCUGAAGAAGUGGAGCAUGAAAUAGUAAGAGAAGGAUCCUUUUCAUUGGAGUUUCUGAAAGUGUUUGAACUAGACCUGAACGCUGAUAAUGCUGAAGCAAGCUCGAAUUCAAGUGAAGCUCAGGGAAUUUCAAAGGCAGUACAGGCAAUUUUAGAGCCCAUUCUUGAAAGUCACUUUGGGAGGAGUACUAUUGAAAGUUUGUUUUCCAGAUUUCCCAAAGCUUUUGACGAAGAUACCAGAAGAAGCCAAUUCAAUUUAAUCAAUAUCACUAUAUCCUUGGCGAGAAAGAGUUGA